AUGCCAUACUACAGUAAAAAACAAAUAAACCGAGCUGAAAAAUUUAGAGCGAUGACUUGGUUAAGAUCAAAGAACUUUAUUAUCAACACGCAAACAGAAUCUCCCAACAUGGAUAGCAAGGGUUAUCUGCAGUCCUAUGGCUGGAUCGAGGGUGAAGCUUUGAGAGAUGGCGGUCUAAAGCGCCCGAUCCUAGUCAAGCAUAAGAAAGACAAGAAGGGCCUAGGUUCCGCGCCAGGUCACGAUGACAGCGAAGCCUGGUGGGAGAGGCUUUUUGAUGGGCAUCUAAAAGGCCUCAAUGUUAGUGAUACAAAAGACGGGAACAUCCGGUUCGAACAGAAAGAGGUCGUAGCUGCUGGGGUUUCGAAGAAGGACUCACCACUGUACAGAUGGUUUGUGCAAGGAGAAGGCCUCAAGGGUACGAUCGAGAGUGCCAAGGAGGCGAGUCGAAAGCGUGUCCGGGACGAAAGCGAUGAAAAUAAGGGAAAGAAGCAUAGGCCUACCGGUGAGGACAAGAGGGACAAGAACGAGAAGAAACACAAGGAGGACAAGAAACACAAGAAGGACAAGAAAGUCGAGAAGGACAAGAAGGAUAAGAAGGAUAAGAAGGAUAAGAAGGAUAAGAAGGAUAAGAAGGAUAAGAAGGACAAGAAAGUUAAGAAAGUCAAAAAGGGGAAGAAGGAGAAGAAAGUCAAGAAAUAA